ACAGAUGAUACCAUUAUAGAGAUGAUUAAAAAGAAGGUAAAGAAAAAAGAAAAAGAAAGUGAAAAAUUAAAUAAUGAUAUUCAAGACGAAAGCAAGGCAGAAGAUAACUCCGAUUCACCUGAAGUUAAGGAUGUCGAUGACAACAGCGAAAGUGAAAGCAAUGAAAAGGAAGAUAAUGAGAGCGAUAAUAAUGAUGAUGUACGCAAUUCGACUGAAGAACCGGAAGAUGAUACGAGAAUUGAAAUUAAAAGCAUUCACGGUGCUGAAUUUGAGAAUGUUAAUGAAAUAAAUGAUGCUAAUCAUUUAAGCUUAUCAAAGAAUAUCAAAUCUGAUAUUGAAGGUAACGACCAAACAGAAGAGACAGAAAAUCAAGCGUCUUGGGAUGAUUAUAGUAUAGAAGAUGAUGAUUCAGAGAAGGGGGAUUCAGAGUAUGAUGAUUCAGAAGAAGAUGAUUCAGAGGAAGAUGAUUCAGAAGAAAGUGAUAGUGAAAAAGAAAAUAAUGAUGCAAUCGACAAAGCAAAAAAAUUAAAACUCAUACAAGACAUAUGUAAAGAAGCAAAAUUAUUUACGAUAGAUCAGACGAAGCCUGACUAUGGACUGGGGAGAGCGAUUAUUAAAACUCUGUGCAAAGGUAAGAUUGUAUGA